UAAAUGUAUUUAUGCUCUCUCACAGCUCUCACACACUCAUUCUCUGUUUCAUACCACUCCAUAAGGACAUAACGGUUUGAAAAGAAGGGAUUCCAGCUGUCGUUUGUCAAGUCGUUUCCUGAACUUGGCGUGGCUUUGGAACAACUUUGCUAAACACAGGGAAAGAGAGUGGGGGGUGAAAGAGGGCAAAACAGAGGGAGUUGAAACAGUCCAGUGAAAGAGGACAAGGAUAACUCCAGUAUCAGUACUCAAAAUGGGUUGGUCUUGGGCUCUAGCGUGCUGGUGUGCAUUAGUGCUGGUGUGCUCGUCUGAAGGGGAGAUCACCAUGUACCCGGACACAGACUUUACACCUAGAGUUCGGCCAAGGGCUGGGCCUCGCUCGUUUUGGAAUUCCUACCCCAGUACCCUCUUCCCCCCCGGCCGGCCCUCCCAUAAGAACCUCCAGGCCAUCUGUCUCCAUAGCAUCCAUCGUCCGCGGUUCCCUUUCUACUCCCUCCCCCUAAACGGUGGAAGUGACUUUCGUCGUCAAGCUGAAGCAGUCAACCGGGUAGAGUCCUGGUACAGCGCAUGUUGCCAUGGGAAUGGGACACAGCAGGUCCAGGAAGUGACGCUGUGCUGCGUUACACAGGCGUGGGAACAGACCCUGUCCACAUUCUGUACUGAGGAGUCCCGAGUGAAGACACGCCAACACCACUGCUGCCAGAUGGAGGGCGAGGACAGACUGAGCUGUUUCCAUAGGGAAAACCCAGACCCCACCUACCUGCCGACCACCCCCAUACCUGAACCUGGCUUCACCUUUAACCCCAACACUUGUCACAAGUCCCAGUCUGGUCCAUGUGCUGUCAGUGGGGAGAAGCACAAGAAGAGCCCCCAAGCUACUCCCAGAGACUCUGACAUCAGCUUCCCCCCUGGACGCCCCACUUUCGACAACAUCGGAUUGGUCUGCUGCCUACACAACAGCCAACCCCUCUCCACCACCAAGUGCCUGCCACGUACAGGCUUUGGCUGGCUGGCCCGCCAAUCAAAGGUCAUGAACCGCCUGGAGAGAGGGUUCAAACACUGCUGUAAGGGACUGGAGAACGUGCUACCCUGUGCUGAGGGAAAGUGGCGUGAGGAGCUUGACAGGUUCUGUGAGGAAGAGCAGAAGGAGAGGCCUCACAACUCCUCCUGUUGUGAUGUGGGAGAAGGUGAGGACAGGUAUACCUGUUUCUCCUCCCUCGCCCCUCAUCCAGACUAUGAACAAAAGCUUGACUCUGCUUCUGACGCACCACAGACCCACAACCUCGGACACAUCUGUGAAACAUACAAGAUCAUCAAGAAGUUCCCUGUGGCUCUCCCUGUCCAGAACUUAGUGGACCAAUGCUGCCCCCUGCCAGCAGACCAGAGAACUGCAUGUGUUCAGAUACAGCUAGUGAUGCUGUCGCAGACACGCUGUCUUGAGGGGAAGCGCUCCUCUUCCUCUGUCUUGCAGAAGUCCUGCCCUUCCUCCUCCUUCUCCCAGGACUCCCCUAUUUGCCUCUCCAGACUGCUCAUGAAUGCCAUCACCAAGGCAACCAAGUCCCCACACCUCAGAAAGAGGAAAUUCCUCCUCACCUGAUUUUGGUUUUACUCUGAUGGCAGUGGGCCAAUCCGAAUUAGCGGUCAGGGCAUUUCUGCAGUAGUCACUAGAUAACCAUGCCAGAAAGGAUACAAUUGGCUAAUACAGAAUAAAUGUUGAGCAAUUGCAUGAUUUAGUCAAACAGGGGUUAGGGUGUGGGUAAGAGUAAGCAGAAUUUAUAGUUAGAAAGUGCCAUUUAUUCCAUAUUUUCUAGCAUGGCCAGAUGACAACCAAUUAAUGUAUGGUAUCCGAGUGCACAUAAUAUUUCAGUAUUACUGUCAGUGUCUGUCAUUAAGAGGGUGUUAUAAUGUUAGAACACCUGGAGAGCUGAUAUGAAUAUAAAAAAGAAGUGGUAAUUCAAAUGGUGAUUUGUUUUGUAAAGAAGAUAUGUUUCAGAUUUUGUUAGUUGUAUUUUUCAAAUAGCUCCAGAACUGCUAGUCCAGUUGUCCUGUUCUAUUUCUAACAUUUGAAAUAAAUCUUUUGAAAUGAUUAUUUGAAUAAACUGACAUGUUGAUGGAAGUGGA